ACACUUCUCGCCAAACGCAGUAUUGUCCUAGAUUGUACACAAAUAGUCGGACGCAAUUUUUUUUUUCUUUCACACAUUAGCCACAUACAUUUUUAAUCGCUUUGGUGAAUUUGUUGUUUUUAUUAAGGGAUACUCGAUAGUGAUACAUCCGGUUGCACAUCGUGUAUGAUGUUACCGCCUUGAUAUGACACACCCAACGAGACCACACCCAAAUCUACUGUGAGGUGGAUACACUACGUCCUGAAGCCACGAACGACUUCUAAUGGAGCGCCCAACAUCGCAAUUUCUUCCAUUUUCUUGGUGCGCCUAUCUGUUGAUCUUAGUGCUCGCUACAGCGCCUGUAGAAGCCCAGGACACGGCGGAACGCGUGGUGGCGACCCUCGUGGGGAGACAGGCUGUUCUCCCGUGCGACCAUGACGGCGGGGCCGGUAAUGUCUCUCUCAUCAUGUGGACCAAAGGAAGCAAUAUCAUCACACAGGUGGCGCUUCAGAACGAUGUGACUUUUGUAGAACCUUGGGGUCCCUUUGCCAGCCGGUUGACGUUGACAGACGAUAUCAACCUGCAGGUAGACAACACCAGACUGGAAGACGAAGGGCACUACCAGUGCACUGUCACACUGUCGCCCACUAACAGGCAGGGUGUAGCAGAAGUGCAUCUCUACGUUUACGCCCAGCCAGAAGCGCCCGUCAUAACCGGCAGGCUUGACCGUGACAAUGUCGACCCAGAUGGCAUGGUACCUCCGGGGAUGAACCUGACCUUGAUCUGUAGCAGCAGUGGUGGUACACCUCCCGCUAACCUAACGUGGUACAGGCAGGGCAAGGAGGUGGUUGACGUCGUCAGUUACCAUGACAACAGCACCGGUGAUGACGUCACCUCGGUGUCCGAGCUGCUGGUCCAGCUGACGGAGGAUGACGACAUGGACGUGAUGACGUGUACGUCAUGGGGCCCUGAACCAAUCAGGAGACGAUCUACGUCAAUCACCCUACGGGUCGGCUUUUACGACCCACAACAGCAAACCAUGAGGUAUGUAUCGUGGUCGCUGAUUGGCGGAGGAGUGUCCGGGGCGCUGAUCGUCCUCCUUAUCUUGGUUGUCAUAGCAUCGACUACGGGCAAGUCAUCGGACCGGCGGCCACGAACAAGCGGAAAUUUCACAAACUUAGAGGCAGCAGACAGAAUGCCACUCGACAUGAAUGGCCACAAUGCUGUACAAGUUAACAACGUAGAGGAAGAGAAGAACCACGUGACAGAACCAACCAAUGAGGCGCAGGACUCCAAACCAAACGUUGUGCAGAGUGUGACACUUGACGGACCAACAGACGAGACGCCCCGCACUGUGGAGGAGUCGAGCAUUCCUGACAUCACGGUGUCAGAGUUCUUGUAGCCGACAAGUUACGCGUAGUGUACAGACAAAAUAGCGUAUAUUUAGUGAAUCACUACUGCGAUGUGUUAAUCAUAUCAUUUCAUAUAUGUCAUAUCGUAUCGUAUCACCGUUUCACGCCAGAUUUCAAUGAGUUCUGAGUCGUUUUCUGUUUCAUAUGGUUUAACGUUACUGUUUGUUGAAUAGAUGUAGCCACUUUGUUCACGCUUCUCAUGUCGCACCACGCUGUAUUUUGAGGUUGCGAGAAGUUGUUUUCUGGUCUAAAGUUUGCCCAUACAUCUAAGAUGCGUAGGGUGGCGCCCAUCUCCACUUCGAAGCCCUUGGGCCACACAUUUGU